UCCGCGGCGUGCAGGGUCCUGCGGGCCGGCUAGCUGGCUGGGUAGUGGGCUGCGGCUGGGGGAGGGGACGGGCCGAGCUCGGGGCCGUGGGGAUGAGGGCUCCCGGAGACCUGCGGAGUCGUCAGAGUCUGUUCCCUGGCGCCGUCUCCUGAAUCCAGCGCGCCCGCUUCGGAGCGCGAGGCGGAGAGCAUCCUGACCGAGGGCCGCGCAGCCCCUGAGCCUCUAUACCGAGAUCGCCAACUUCGGAUCUUCAACGGGGUGCCGCGGCUCGGAAAGCAUGACGACCGAGACCUUCGUGAAGGAUAUCAAGCCCGGGCUCAAGAACCUCAACCUCAUCUUCAUUGUACUGGAGACAGGCCGAGUGACCAAGACAAAGGACGGGCACGAGGUUCGGACCUGUAAAGUGGCAGACAAAACGGGCAGCAUCAAUAUCUCUGUGUGGGACGAUGUGGGCAACCUAAUCCAGCCUGGCGACAUUAUCCGACUCACCAAAGGGUACGCUUCAGUGUUCAAAGGUUGUCUGACGCUGUACACUGGCCGCGGGGGCGACCUGCAGAAGAUUGGGGAAUUCUGUAUGGUUUAUUCUGAAGUUCCUAAUUUCAGCGAGCCCAACCCAGAGUAUAGCAGUCAGCAGGCACCCAACAAAUCGGUGCAGAAUGACAGCAGCCCCACUGCGCCCCCAGCGACCACAGGACCCCCUGCCUCCUCUCCAGCUUCUGAGAGCCAGAACGGGAACGGGCUGAGCACCCAAGCGGGUCCUGUCGGUGGCCCCCAUCCCUCUCACACCCCUUCACACACCCCCAGCACGCGAAUCACGCGAAGCCAGCCCAACCACACACCUUCUGGCCCUCCUGGCCCCUCCAGCAACCCUGUCAGCAACGGCAAAGAAACCCGCAGAAGCAGCAAGAGAUAGCAAGAAGUGAGUCCUCACCUCCACCACGGCCAUGACCCAGGUGUCUGCCCAGAACAAGCCAGUCUUCUCCUGGGCUGUGGAACUGGAGGGAGGAGUAGCUGCAUUUUAGCCACUAGACUUCCCUGGAGGGGUGGUGAGCAGUGAGCGCCCUUAUCCACCUCAAACUCAUGCCCUCCUUGUCCUGCUGCCACUGCCUGUCCCCUGGGAUCAGGGCC